AAACGAUCCCCUUACUCGCAUGGCUGCACUCUUCUCCGCACCAUCCACACGCUCGCCAGCCUGAUGUCCACUGGCAGCUCAAAGCACUCCGGGAGCCCACCAAAAGACAUCGAUAUAGCAAGGGCUAACGCGCAACGACUCGCGAACGAUGGAGACAACACCCAGGACGCACACAUCUCGAAGAUCGUGGUCGGGUCGUUGCUGGACUUUACGCUGAUAUUGAGCUUGCUAUUCGGGGGCUGCUGCUCCAACGUGUGGUCCUACGAAUACAUUCUCAAGAUGGACCCACAUCUGGGUACCGCCCUGACAUUCUCGCAGAUGUGCUUCAUCACUCUACACUCACUACCAUCGUUCUUGCAAUGGGACCGAUCAUGCAUCCCUCGCCUACAGAGGAGGCACGUCCCGAUCCGUCAAUGGAUUGCGCAAGUACUGGUCCUGACCUCUAGCUCGCUCCUCAACAACUGGGCGUUUGCUUUCCAUGUACCUCUAACGGUGCAGAUCGUCUUUCGCUCUGCAGGCCUGGCCGUCUCCAUGCUGUUCGGCUUCCUGUUCUUCAAGAGGCGUUAUUCACUACCUCAAAUCACUGCAGUAGUGGUCGUCACCGUUGGUGUCCUGCUAGCAACAACGUCCCGACCAUCGUCGUCGUCGACCACGGAAACCAGCGACCCCCGCGCUGAUAUGAAAUACGCCUUAGGCGUACUAAUGAUGACAGUAUCAUUAUUUCUUACCGGAGCACUCGGUCUGCUCCAGGAACGCACAUACAGCGUGUAUGGACCGUACUGGAAAGAGGGUGUAUUCUACACACACUUGCUCUCGCUCCCCAUAUUUGUUUUCCUAGCCCCUGAUGUCAAGAAUGGCUUCCAAGCCCUAUCAGCUCAUACAGCAAGCUAUACCGCCUCUGAGGCAUCGAGGCUACCGGCAUCGGUGGCCCACUAUACCCCAUAUAUCAUACUCGCUUUGAACCUUGUAACACAAUUGAUGUGUGUCUCGGCUGUCAACCAACUCACAUCGCGCGUCACCUCAGUGUCCACCAACCUCGUGCUCACGGCGCGCAAAGCGAUCAGCCUGUGUAUUAGCGUGUGGUGGUUCGGCAACGGGUGGAAUGCGGAACUCACGAUGGGCGCGGGCAUGGUGUUCGCGGGGUCGUUGAUAUACACGUUCGUCAGCUCCGGCUCCAGCGCGCGGUCCAGCACUAAGUCGACGACGCCAGGUGGUAUACGUCUGAAGGGGAGCGCAAAGAUGAAGAGCAACUAGAGCUCGGCCUGUCGGAGCUCAAGCCGCCCGCGACGCCGACGUGCGACUAGGUCUAAUGCAACAGACGACGGACCUUCUUGCCGUAGAUGAUAACUAGUGAUAUAGACAGGUCAAUGUAUACCUCGUAGUCAUAUAAUCUGAGUGUCCGUGUGUCCGAGUAGACAUCCUCAACAGAACUAUUAUUGUACUAGGGAGCGGGCUAUAUGAUUGCGUAGUAACAUAAAUGUUAGAGCAGAUACCAAGGACAGUGCGACCGAAAAAGACAAUAAGGGCAAGACCAAGUGGGUAACUAUGCAUAGCCGAACCGACCAUCCAUAACAACAGGCCAGAGGAAGGGCGAGGCAAAGGGCGAGGAGGACGGGGGGGG